GUGACAGUCUAUUAUUUUAUUCCCGCUUCCCGCCACUGGCCAUUGAAGAACAAAAUCAACAGACAUUUUGCUUUUUAUUUAUUGCGACUGUUAUUAUUGUUGCUUUUAGACGGUGUUUUAUUGGUAUAUUUAAAAUCUGUAGUGUACAAUAUUUGCCAAGAUGUCCGAGGGAAAUGAAAAUGAAAGUGUGGAAAUCGACGAAGAGAAUGACCCUUCUAUAAUAACUUUGAACGAAGUCUUGGAAAUAGAAAACGAGUUUAUGGAAAAUACUGCUGCUGUAUUAGGAGCCGCGAGCGAUAAAGUCUGUUCCUACGCUGAAGGCUACCUCAAGAGGCAAGCUCUAUAUUCUUGCUUAACCUGCAUACCCGAAGCAAAGGAAGAUCCUUCUAAAGGCGCAGGGAUCUGUCUAGCUUGUAGCUACCACUGUCAUGAAGGUCAUGAUCUAGUAGAAUUGUACACAAAGAGAAAUUUUCGAUGUGACUGCGGAAACUCCAAGUUUCCCAACAUGGAUUGCAAUUUGAACAACGAAAAGAGCGAAAAAAACGAUCUGAAUGUCUACAACCAAAACUUCUCAGGCCUGUAUUGUGUUUGCCAUCGACCUUUUCCAGAUCUCGAGGAUCCCAUUCCCGAUGAAAUGAUCCAAUGCAUUAUAUGCGAAGAUUGGUUUCACACGAGACAUCUCGGUACAGAAGUACCUUCGAACAACUUUUCUGAAAUGAUUUGCGAAGCCUGCGUUACCAAACACGAGUUUCUCUUGCAUUACAGUUGCUACAGUAUGACUAAACCUGUUGAAACAGGCGAGAAUAGCACUGUAGAUGUCGAGACUGCGACUGAAGAAAAGUCGGGAGAUGAAGAAAAUGAAGAAAAGGUCAACGAAUCUGCAGCCGGUUGUAAAAAACCUAAAGAGAAGUCUAAGAAAAUAUGCGCUGCAUUUUGGGCUGAGGUGAACUGGCGUAAAGAACUGUGCGCUUGUGAUGAUUGCCUAAGGAUGUACGAAAACGAAGAUGUAGCAUUUCUUCUGGAUUCCGAGGAUCCUGUGCACUUGUAUGAGGAGAAGGGUAAAGUUAAGGCGCAAGAAAUUAUCGAAAAUCAAGACAAAGAGAUGAUGAACUCGAUGAACCGCGUGCAACUGGUGGAUUGCAUUGCCGGUUACAACGAUUUGAAGGAGAAAUUAGGCGAUUACUUGAAAACGUUCGCAGAGAAUAAGAGAGUCGUAAGAGAGGAAGAUAUAAGGGAAUUUUUCGAUAAAAUGCAUGCUCGUAAGAAAAGAAGAGUGGAUGUUGAGGUCCCAACGUACUGUCGUUAAAACGGUUUGUAUUUAAUCUUAACAUUUAUGUAUUUUUUUAUUGCACACAUUUUUAGCAACACGCUAUUUUAAUUAACUGUAGACAGUCGUGGUUAGCACUAUGUAAAAUUUAAAUUAAAAGAAAACAUUCAAACUUUGUGUGUAAUUUACAGAGAAUACGCUAAUGAUAAAAUAGCAAACAGUACACAGUAAAAACAAAACGAUAAUCGAUCAAUGGCUACAGCCAAGAGAAUCCAAUCUUUCUGCUGGUAAGACUUGUUGACGGACAUUUGCGAUUUGAAAAUUUGGUGGUCUUCACUGCCAUUUCCAUCGUCGAAGUCCGUGACUUGAUGGUCCCGCAUUUCUUCAACUGCCAUUCGAUGAUUCGAAUUUGCACUCUGAAACAUCCCCCCGUUUAUUAAUUCCAUAUGGGUUUGUGCGAUAUUUUUACCUGAUGUAUGUACGAGUCGAGACCUAGUAGCUUUCCGAAUUUUCCCGUUAAAGGUUGUUUGAUGAUCCACGGUAAAUUGCUUGAUUGUUUCGAUCGGGACAUCGUGAUUACAACAACCGAUCCUAUCAUCGAAAUACUUACUAUGUACAAACAACUGGCGUAAAACAAUACUAGAAACGAAAGGGUUUUGGAUACUUCAGUUCCGUUUAUAAAUCGAUUUCGUUUGCUCACCGACGAGAGGAAUUUCUUUUCCCAUCAAUGGAAGUUUUUGCGAAAAAUACAGCAUAAACAGGCAUAUUAUUACAGUCGUGCAUCCGUUAAUUAAUAUUUUCUCGCCGGCUUGUGGGGGCAACCAGAAUGUUAACAAUGUCAAUACUAUGAUAACUGAAAAAUUUCUAUAUUAACAUCCGUUAGGAAUAGGAAAUGGAUAUUACCGAAUGCGGGCGUAAUUAUUAUUGCUUUGUACGCGUUGGGGUUUCUACUUAACGACAAUUUCACGGUUAUGUCCGGAUAAGGCUCCUCGCAACACGGAUACUUCUUUUCGCUUCUUAUUUGCACUGCUCGAGUUAUGUCCCAUUCUGCGUUGGUUACUACCAAAUCUAGCUAAAACAAAACUGUUUAUUUUACAGGGUGUAACCAAAAAGCUAUGUCAUAAAUUAUAUUACAUAUUCU